AUGGUGAAGACAUGUACCGUCUUUGAUCCAGCUCCCAUUGCUGGUGAAGCGUUCAUGAUGCAUCCUCCUGGACGGCCCUGGGUGUCCCCAGCCCCAUGUCAGCAGGCAGCCUCGGCCCCCCAGGGCACCCUCUGCACCGGACCACUGCGGGGUCUCCAGCUAGCCAUGCCCUCCCUGGGCCGCCUCCUCCCCAGGGUCCAUGCAGCUGACACCUCGUGGCGUUCUGCCCAUAACGCAGCCAUCCGGGGCUUUGUGCGGUACGGCUGGAGGUGGAGCUGGAGAGUAGCAGCCUUCGUCACAUUAUUCAACACUGUGUGCAGAGACAAGUAUACCCUCAGCCACUACGCAGGAGAGCGAAGCAGAGCGCUGUUCAUGUCUGCCUCAGUGCCCAGCCACCUGGACUGUCUGAGGGUUACUGAGAGAGCUCUGAUCAUCGCCAUGCAGGGAUUGGCUGGAGCUCUGAUCAGCACCAUGCAGGGAUUGGCAGGAGAAACAGUCCGGGAGAGGAGGGAGCGCAGAGAGCUGUAUGAACUAAAACUGGCAGAAUGGAGUGCCCGUUUGCAGUUGACGGAUGACCUGAUUGGUGAUUUGAGCAGCAGUGGGCGGAUCCAGGAUGUAGACAAGGACAUACAGAAGAUCCAGGAGCUGCUCAGUUUACCAUGGAACGAGUCCGUGGCCCAAGACUGACAGCCAAUGACAGCAGCUGAAAUACUCCGAUACCAAUCAUAGCCAUCCUCACAGACAGACAAUGGUGGGUGGGACUUUCCUCACCCCUGAGGACAUACUGGUUUCUUUUGAUGUUGACUACUCUGUUCUGUUUACUCCUGUUGAAUGGAAAAUGAGACCUACUUAUUCGCUCAACAAAAUAUGUAUUGAUGCUGUAUUAUGAUUUAUACUGUAAAUGUAAUCGCUUUGUCUGGAACUUUUAAAUGAUUUCCAACAUAUUUAAUAUAAAUGCCAAUAAUGACACAGUA